AUGAUAAUCAGGCAUAGAUUGCCCAUUUACUCUGCCAUCGCAGUACUUGGACUUUUGAGUGUUACGAAUGCGAGUACUGGUGAUCGAUUGCCUGAAUUUAAACAAUGUGUUGAGGUCUGUCAACGAGAGAAUUGCGACAAUGAAGUUGGAGGCGCACUCCACCAUCGACUUCUCCUCUGGACUUGCCCAGCCGAAUGUGAUUAUACCUGUCAACAUAUAAUUACCGACUCGCGCGUUAAAUCCUCACAACCUAUUGUUCAAUUCCAUGGGAAAUGGCCCUUCUAUCGUUUCCUCGGCAUGCAAGAGCCUUUCUCCGUUCUCUUUUCACUCUUCAACUUCAUGGCGCAUCACAACGGACUUGCAAGAGUAACGACUCAGAUUCCCGAGGAUUAUAGUAUGCGGAAGUACUAUGUCAUGCUAUCAUAUGCGGGAAUGAUGAGUUGGGUGGCCAGUAUGGUGUUUCAUACAAGAGACUUUGCUUUCACGGAACAAAUGGAUUAUUUCGCGGCAGGAGGAAGUGUUUUGUACGGCAUGUACUAUACUCCAAUUCGAAUCUUCCGUAUGGAUCGUGGUGGAAAACGCACAAAGUCUAUAUUACGUGCCUGGACUCUUCUAUGCAUACUCUGCUAUAUCGCACAUGUUGUUUACCUGAAGUGGUGGGAUUGGGAUUAUACAUAUAACAUGGCCGCAAAUGUUGUGGUCGGAGUAAUACAAAAUUCUCUAUGGAGUUGGUUUUCGUUCGAAAAAUACAGAAAGAGUAAGAGGGCAUGGGCGACAUGGCCAGGGUUAGUAGUUGCGUGGAUUUUUAUGGCAAUGAGUUUGGAGUUGGUGGAUUUCCCACCUUGGUUGGGAUGUUUGGAUGCACAUAGUUUGUGGCAUUUGGGGACGGUGGCUCCAACUAUGAUUUUCUAUAGUUUCUUGAUCAAGGAUGCUCAAGACGAUAUAGCUGGACAAAGAUUAAAGGCUUAG